CAGCUCCCCCCCGGAUGUGGGCUGUGACCGCGCGGGUUCGAAAGCACUGGAAGCGUUGGCGCUUGCCCGUUUAUUUCGCUGCAAACGCGGAGCGUAACGGGCACGGCUGCCCCGCCCGGGCACGCGGGCCCCGCUCCGGCCGGGAGGCGCGCGCGGCAGCCCCGCCCUCCCGGGGGCGGGCCCCGGCGCGGCCCCGCCCCGGCGGCGCUUCCACUUCCUGCCCGGCGCCGUCUGUGUCCGGGUCGUUCUCGCCGUUCCCUCCGCAGCCGAUACCGCCCGCGCUCGCUCCCGCCCCCGGCGCGACACCCGCUUCUGCGAACGGGGCGGCGGCGUUUGCCCGCGGCGAGCGGGGGGCGGCAGCGCCCGGUGGUGCUGGGGCGGACCGGCAGGAACGGAGUCUCCUCUGGUUUCCUCACCGCCGGUGUCGGGAGGCGGCGGCGGCCAGGGGAAGCGAGCCCGGGGGGGCCUCGGCCGCGGGCCCCGGCAGCGGGGCGGCCCCGCCCCGAGGCAGGACGAUGCCGGUGAAGAAGAAGAGGAAGUCCUCGGGGGCGGCGGCGGCGGCGGACGACACCAGCCUCAAGAAAUGUAAACUCGGCAGUGAAUUGGAAGGAUUGGUCAGCACCCUGGAAAACAAGAGCAGAUCACAAGCAUCUGGUAAAGUAAUAAGUGGAGAGGAACAUUUUUCAAGCAAAAAGUGCCUGGCCUGGUUUUAUGAAUAUGCAGGUCCUGAUGAAGUUGUAGGCCCUGAAGGAAUGGAAAAAUUCUGUGAAGACAUCGGUGUUGAACCUGAAAAUAUUAUUAUGUUAGUUUUAGCCUGGAAAUUAGAGGCUGAAAGCAUGGGAUUUUUUACCAAGGAAGAAUGGUUAAAGGGAAUGACCUCAUUACAGUGUGACUCUACAGAAAAAUUACAGAGUAAAUUUGACUUCUUACGGUCACAGUUGAAUGACAUUUCAUCCUUUAAGAAUAUCUACAGAUACGCCUUUGAUUUUGCAAGGGAAAAAGACCAGCGAAGUCUUGACAUUGAUACUGCAAAGUCCAUGUUAGCUCUUCUGCUUGGAAGAACUUGGCCACUGUUUUCAGUAUUUUAUCAAUACCUGGAGCAAUCGAAGUAUAGAGUCAUGAACAAGGAUCAGUGGUACAAUGUACUGGAGUUCAGCAGGACUGUCCAUGCAGAUCUUAGCAACUAUGAUGAAGAUGGUGCAUGGCCUGUACUUCUGGAUGAAUUUGUUGAAUGGCAGAAAGUUCGUCAAGCGUCAUAGCAAGAAUUCAAAAGAAAAUGCAAAGUGUUUUUUUUUUUUGGUGCCCGCCUGUACACAAAGUAAUAAGAAAAACAAAGGAUUGCAUUUUCAUUCAUAAGAAAGACUUUACAGUAAUUUUUUUCCCUUUUUUAAGGAGACUUUCUUGUUACAUGUGAUAUGGGCAUUGAACCACACCUCUUCUGAGACUGAAAGUUGGAGUUCUUGUUUUGAGUCUUAUGUUUAUAGCAUUUAUUUCAGAACAAUAAAGAUUCAGAUUUGUGACAAAGGCCUAAAAGUGAAGGA